AAACUUGUUUUCAGAAAAUCGCACUGCAAUUUUGCUCCGUUUCAUCAAUUUUGAACAGUCGAAAUCCAAUUUGAGAAUAUAGAAACAUGCAGAUGCGGCAAAAGCUUCUUUUUAGAUCCAGUCCAGCUAUAUGUCCUCAUAGUGUGUGUGGCUUUGUACCUGUUUGUCUAAAGCAUCACAUUAAUCCAGUCAAACACAAGAUGCUACAUACGUCAUGCCAGCUUAUAUUGCAAAGUAGAGGUAAAAGAUUUGGCUUUUUAGUUAAUUGUCUUAAUGGAACCAUUGAAAACUCAAACAAUGAGCACCAGACUUGUUAUAGAAAUGAUGAGGAAAUUUCAUAUGAUUUAUACAAUGAGUCCAUAUGUGAGUUGUGUACUGAAGGCGACGUUGAUAAGGCAAUGAGGCUGCUUUCCGAGAUGGAGGCUUUGGGUUUUCAUCCAAGUUUUGUAUCUUAUAGCAGCCUGAUCGCUGCCCUUGGAAGUGUUGGCAGGACUUCGGAAGCUGAUGCAAUCUUUCAAGAAAUGUUAUGUUCUAGUCGCAAACCAAGGAUAAAGGUGUUCAAUAUCUUACUUAGGAGCUUCUUGAGAAAAGGCCUCUUAAGGCUAGCAGAUAAGGUCUUGAUGUUACUCGAUGAUUUGGCUGUUGACAGGAACCAAGAAACUUAUGAGAUCCUGCUUGAGUAUUAUGUCAGUGCUGGGCGGCUUGAAGAUACUUGGUUAAUUGUUGCCAAAAUGAGGAGAGAAAGUUAUCCUUUAAAUUCUUUUGUGUAUAGUAAAAUAAUUGAACUGUAUAGGGACAAUGGCAUGUGGAAAAAAGCACUAGGCAUUGUGGAAGAGAUCCGCGAGAUUGGGCUACGACUAGAUAAGCGCAUCUUUAAUAGCAUCAUUGAUACUUUUGGCAAGUAUGGUGAGUUGGGAGAGGCCUUAGAAAUGUUUGACAAAAUGCGCCAAGAAGGCAUAAAACCUGAUUUUAGAACAUGGAAUUCUCUGAUCCGGUGGCAUUGCAAGUAUGGGCAUCUAGAUACUGCUAUAGAAUUGUUCAAUGAGAUGCAAGAUCAAGGACUAUACCCUGAUCCUAAGAUCUUCAUUAUCAUUAUUACCCAUUUAGUGGAGCAGGGCAGGUGGGCUGUUAUUGAUACUAUUCUUGAGAAUAUGCAAGGGAGAGGACAUCACAAGAGCGGGGCUAUUUACGCUGUCUUGGUUGAUAUUUAUGGCCAGCACGGGAGAUUUGAGGAUGCAGAAUAUUGUUUAAAUUCCCUAAAAUUGGAAGGCCUUCAGCUUUCACCUAGCAUCUUUUGUGUCCUGGCCCAUGCCUAUGCUCAGCAGGGAUUAUGUGAGCAGACUGUGAAGGUUCUGCAGAUAAUGGAAGCCGAAGGGAUGGAACCAAACCUUAUAAUGCUAAAUAUGUUGAUAAAUGCUUUUGGGAAUGCUGGUAGGCAUAUGGAGGCACAAUCAAUUUACCUGCAUAUAAAGGAGAUGGGUAUUACUCCUGAUGUGAUUACUUAUAGCACUUUAAUGAAGGCUUUUAUGAGGGCUAAGAAGUUUGAUCAGGUCCCCGAGAUAUAUAGUGAAAUGGAAUCCACUGGAUGUACGCCAGACAGAAAGGCUAGAGAAAUGUUGCAAUCAGCAUUGAUGAUCCUUGAACAAAGACACUGUUAGUUUAAGUAUAAGUAGUUAGCCUUAUUAGGCUGUAUUGCGGUUUUGUUAGUUUCUUCAAUCAGUAGAUGACGCACAGCACCAGAAACUAAAAACACUUUUGAUGCUGCUCACUGUAAUCUUUGAGGACUUUGAUGCUCAAGGAGCAUUAUUUAACCUGUGAGAUCAUAUAGCUUCCUGAAAUGUGGAUAUUGCAGAGUCACUUGUCAUUUUUGAGCCCCAGAUGUACUUCUCUUCGUCUGCAUUGUUGCUAUAUCAACAGGAGAGAAAAGCAGCGUCUCUGAAGGCUAAAAGAGUGCGGUAUUGCAGCUGUAGAUUCCAUUGCUACAAUAAUGAAGUCUUGUUUCGACACUGAUGCAGAAUCUGCAAAUGACAACGCUAAAUUAAAGAGGUUGCAUUCUUUGUAAUCAUAAUUCAUGCAUAAACAUU